AUGUUGGGUCGGCUACUGCAAGUUCUCGUUGUUCUUUUCGCAUCGGCAGCCAUUGCUGAUGCGGAAUGCGAAAAGACGCCCAAGGGAAUGUUCAAAAACUACUUUCGGCUUUGGGCGGCGGAUUUGAAGAGUUCCUUGGAGUCGGAGCCUGAUGGCACCACCAGCGUUCUGAUUGGACAAUUCAUUGGUAAGUUGGAAGGGGAAGAGAAGAUUUAGGGAGGUUUUUCGUGGAAAAAAGAGAUUUGGGCUGGACAUGUUUCGUCGUAUAAAAUGUCACUUUUUUGGGGUAAUUGCGUAUUUUAGUCGGAAUUUUGAUAGCUUUUUAUUAAAAGGCAAAAUUUUGUAUUUUGAGACCCCAGGGAUUAUGUUUCGAUUUCGGACAUGUUUGAUCGUAUAAAAUGUCCCUUUUCUAAAAAAUACCAGUAAUUAGACUGGAUUGUAGUUUAGCUAGAACUAGGCGAGUUAUGACAGAAAAAAAUCUAAAUUUGAACUUUUUAUUCCACCUGCAACUAUACUACAACAUGGCAAUCUCCAUUUUUAUUCGAAAAUCGCAAUUUCAGAAGACCAUAAGCCACAUGAGGCAGGAAUUGCCAUUUCCUUCUAUGGGGCGAAGACUGACGUCCUCCGGAACAUGAGCUUCACCAUCAAGGCUGAAGCCAAUUAUGGACAAAGGGAUUAUGUUCGCACGGUGAUUUUCAGCGACGGAUUCAGCAUCUAUAAAGUUCUGGGAAAGUGAGUUUAUGACGAUUUUUUUAUGUUCGGAGUAUCACAGGAGAAAUUUUUAUCCGAUUUUUGGGUUUUUUUGCGAUUUUUUUUUUGAAUUUUUGUUUUCCCGGGUUUUUUGGCAUUGUGAUAUAGGAUCUAAAAAUUGUCUGUAGAGGGGUUUUUGGCAGUGCUGAAUGCAAAUAUGACAUCAGAAUUUUAGAAUCUCAUCUCAGAGCCGAGAUAUAAAUUUGGCGGGAAAAUCGAAAUUCAAAUUUUUAGAUUUUUUGAUUUGAAGGUUGCUUCAAAAAAUCCACAAAUGAACUUUUUGUAACCUAUGAAGCACUAGGAUCUAAUUUUUGUAAGAAAAAAGAUUCUUAAUUUUCCUAAAAUACGACUUUUUUACAUUACUUUACACUCCCAGGAAGUCCAUUACGGUCCCAUCGGAGGAUGAUACACUGGACCGUGAGCGCAUGUACUUCUACAAGCACAUGUUGGUGGUGAACAGCACUCAUGUGGUGCGCCCAUUCCGAGUCAUUGCCACCGACGAUUACAAGAUUAUGAACCAAUUCUUCGAGCCCAUGCUGUCCUUGGUGAACAAUGUUUUGGAGAGCGAAGCUGAGAUGGAAAGGGUACAGAGGUGCAUGAAUAAGAGUGCGGAGAUCAAUCCGUGCAUCAUGGACGUCACCGUGAAGAACAACACGAUCCAUGAGGUGGUCUUUGACCAGGUGGAACAUGCGAUUCAUGUCUCGGCUUUCAAUGGAUACGUCUUUUCAUUGUAAGCGGGGAAAAUGAGAGAAUUUUGAGGGAGAUUUUUGAUGAAACUUGGUGAAAUUUGGACUAGAAGUUUUUUUUGUGUUGUAUGCCAGGUUUUAGUCUAGCGAUUGGCAGAAGGAGCCGAGAUUUUUUAGUUGGGAGACUUGGGAAACUUUACGUUUUUUUUGAAAUUUUCAUGAUGACUUUAUUGGCCUCGGAUUUUGAUGAGGUUUGAGGUAGAGGCAGGCUAGGAGUUUUGAAGACAUGUGACAGAUUUUUGGCUCAGGCUUUGCAGAAAUAAUCGAGAUAUUUGCGUCCCAACUUUUUUCGGAGAUUUUCCGGUCAAAAGUCUUUAAAAAUUAGAUUUUUUUGAAAUUUUGGAGUGAAUGUUUAUGAUUAAAAGGCGUAUUUUACAAAAAAUUUAUUUUCUUUUUUUUCAGGUUCGAUUUUGAGCACUUCACAAUCUUCAACACGACCGCUGAUGGGAAAUGUUUCGAAGGAAAAACGGAGGAACUUUUCGAUAAAAUUGAGCCGCCUAAAGGAUACACCGACCCGGUGUUGUUGACCACCAUCCCUCUCUUCGAAAAGGAUGACGAAUUUUUCAAAAAAUGUAGGCCUCUCACAUUACUUUUAUUUUUUGGAUUGAAAACAUUUUUAUUUCAGACGCCAAGCCAUUUGACUACCACCCUCAAGUUGUCAGCAGCUCCCAGCGCUCUUCUUUGAUGGGAUUUUUAUUGGCCAUUCUGGCUCUUUUGAUGAUUGGAAGUUCCGUAUGA